UUCUCUUCUGAAAUGAUUAUAGCAAUUUUUGUACUUCAAGGAAUUGGUGAGAACCUGGUACAUAUUAUAUACUCGAUAAAUGAAUAAUCAAAUUAGAUCAGUAAUAAGGAGUGACAUGUAAAGUCACGCUGGUCAUGGUAAAGUGGUGGACAUAAAAUGCGACUUUUGUGAUUCUGAAACAGAUUAUGCAUUUGUGCUAAAAUAAUGUUUGAUAAUGGAAUGGUAAAAUACAGAAUUCUGCAGAAUUUUUCAGUACUUACGUUCACGUAUAAUGUUGGUCAUGCCUGAUCUUACAGCAGCAGCAGCCACAGGAAGGUGAGGUAAUUAGGCAGAUCACAGCGGAACAGGUUGCAAUCACAUUCCUUUCAACCUUCUCUCCUCUCUCCCCAACCUGCACAGUUCUGGUGGGGGGCGGGUUGUGUUACAUGCUUUACCCAGGAUCCCAGGCAUGCCCUGGGUUCGACUUCUUUCUCUAGACUAAUCCAGUUCCCAGCCUGGAGCCUAAGCAUACACUGCAUUAAUCAGACUUGCUGGAAUGAUCACAUGGUUUUCUAGCUGCCUCCCCUGUUAGCUGCUGCUUGUCAGCAGCUGGCGGAGCUGGAGGCUGCAGGCCCCUGUCUGCAGAAAGCCUUUUACUUCAGAAUAUUGGGGGGUGUGGAAACCCCGCCUCUUUUUUCUGCACUUUGCACCAUCUGACUAACUAAAUGGUUGUCCUCCAUACCAAAAAGACUACCACACAAUCUAAGGAAAUUGGCUUUUACUAGGUCAUGUUUGCAUUUGAAGAAUUCAGUGAACAGAGUAUCUGCCAAGCCCGGGCUUCCGUGAUGGUCUACGAUGACACCAGUAAGAAAUGGGUACCAAUCAAACCUGGCCAGCAGGGAUUCAGCCGGAUCAACAUCUACCACAACACUGCCAGCAACACCUUCAGAGUCGUUGGAGUCAAGCUGCAGGAUCAGCAGGUUGUGAUCAAUUAUUCAAUCGUGAAAGGGCUGAAGUACAAUCAGGCCACGCCAACCUUCCACCAGUGGCGAGAUGCCCGCCAGGUCUACGGCUUAAACUUUGCAAGUAAAGAAGAGGCAACCACGUUCUCCAAUGCAAUGCUGUUUGCCCUGAACAUCAUGAAUUCCCAAGAAGGAGGCCCCUCCAGCCAGCGUCAGGUGCAGAAUGGCCCCUCUCCUGAUGAGAUGGACAUCCAGAGAAGACAAGUGAUGGAGCAGCACCAGCAGCAGCGUCAGGAAUCUCUAGAAAGAAGAACCUCGGCCACAGGGCCCAUCCUCCCACCAGGGCAUCCCUCAUCUGCAGCCAGCGCCCCCAUCUCAUGUAGUGGGCCUCCACCACCACCCCCACCCCCAGUCCCACCUCCACCCACAGGGGCUACCCCACCUCCCCCACCCCCACUGCCAGCUGGAGGAGCCCAGGGGUCCAGCCACGACGAGAGCUCCAUGUCAGGACUGGCCGCUGCCAUAGCUGGGGCCAAGCUGAGAAGAGUCCAACGGCCAGAAGAUGCAUCUGGAGGCUCCAGUCCCAGUGGGACCUCAAAGUCCGAUGCCAACCGGGCAAGCAGUGGGGGUGGCGGAGGAGGCCUCAUGGAGGAAAUGAACAAACUGCUGGCCAAGAGGAGAAAAGCAGCCUCCCAGUCAGACAAGCCAGCUGAGAAGAAGGACGAUGAAAGCCAAAUGGGCUACUUCGCCUGCCCAGGAGCCCCAGGGAGCACGGACCAGCCAGGGUCUCGUCGGAACUGGGACUCCAAGAGUACACUGCAGUGGGGCACGUCUGCCAGAAGCCCAGAGAGGAAGAUCCUAGUACCUCCCCCUCUCCGGGGACCCGAGCAGCCAGCCAGCCACCUAACUCCUCAGAGGCUGGCCGGAAGCCCUGGGAGCGGAGCAACUCGGUGGAGAAACCUGUGUCCUCGAUUCUGUCCAGAACCCCGUCUGUGGCUAAGAGCCCCGAAGCUAAGAGCCCCCUUCAGUCGCAGCCUCACUCUAGGUACCGAACAACCCUCCUGCUCACAUGUUCCCCAGGGUUUGGGGCUCCUCUGUCCCCCAUCCUGUGACUAACACCCUUGCACCUUGUCUCACGUCCUGGCAUUUAACAGCUUGCUCUGGGAAGAUGAUCUGUCCUUUCAGACCCAGGACCUUGGGGUCCUGACAGCUCCUCCUCCUCCCUCUGAGGGCAGUGACCAAGGAGGGCAGUGACCUGUCCACAGAGGUAGUGCAGGGUGCCAACCUGGAGUCCCAGCUCUGGACUCACUACGUGUGACAGUGGGCAAGUUAGGUGGCCUCUCCAAGCCUCUCUUCCCCCCCCCACAAAGUGAGGUGUGUUAACCCCUGCUGCACAGGGCAGUGGUGGGGACAGCUAUGCAAACAACAGCUGGACAUGGAGUGUGGUCACUAGCCAGGGCCGCACACUGCAGUUCAACUAGUCCUAUCUCUGGCCCUGAGCCCCACCCCUUUCCUCCAGCCCAGAGUCCUUCCUCUGCGUCCAGCACACAGAGCCAGUUUCCCCACAGACAUGCUGACCAUAUUUCCCGAGUCAAAAGCUGGCAUGACAACAUGAUAGAACAUUUGGAACUGAGGUUGCCCAAAAAGGCAGAGGCAGCCAGCCACAUAGUAUCUGGAGGCACAUUUGGCCUGAAUUUGAAGGCCUCUGGAACCUGCAUCAAGAAUGUCUCCAUUGCCACCACAAGUUGAAGGGAAACCACCCUUGUCACAGAGCAGGAGGCAUUGAAACUGGCCUUGCAGAGCUAAACAGGUGGCGAGCAGAGCAGAGCCUGGCCUGGCCCUGGCAGCAAUGCCAAGACCAGUGCAGGUGGACAGAGGUGAGGCGGUCUUAGCAGUCAGCUGGGGUUUGUCGAAGGCUUAUGGUCAGCCGGGCCGUGUGCUGGGGACAGUCCCUGCCUGCAAAGAGCACCGCGUGAUCAAGGCCACUGUGGUCCUGAGGGGUGCUCUGGAGAGGGUGCGGGGCCACAUGGUGGAAGGGACAGGGUGCUUUGGGGAGUGGGGUGGGGCAGGCCUCUGCCGGGAGCUGGCAUUUUCGUUGACCCGGACGAGGAGGAGUCUGCUGUACGGAGAUCAUGGGGACAGCCUUCCAAGCAGAAGGAAGGGUAAGUGCCAGGGCCCUGAGCCUGCAGCCACCCGCGAGCUCUCCCACACCUCAGAGUAGACAGCAGGCCAUGGGGCGGGGGGACGGGAAGGGUGAGGAAGAGGGUGUGAGGGAGCGCUGAGCUAGAAGUUUAGAUUGUAUUCAUGUGCAGGGUGUGAGGGAGCAACGAGUUAGAAGUUUACAUUGUAUUCAUGUGCAGGGCCGUCAAGGAGCUUGAGGCACAGGGUGCCAUGAUGAUGGCUGGGGAGGGGAAGGCAACCAGAGUGGGCAAAGCGAGGGCCCUGGAGCAGAUACAGCCGCAGGGGGAGCCUGCAGCGCUCCCAGUGGACCCCGCCCUGUCCUGCUGGUGCAGCAAAGGCAGGCUGCCAUGUUGUGAGUGGCCAAGGGUCGCUCACUGGGCAGGAACAUUGUCAAGGCCAUUCAUGCUUGGAAUAGGGUCUCUUUUCAGCUCUGAGACAAAUCUGUGAUUUCCAGAUGGCUCCAAGGGGAGCAUGUACCACCACCCCUCUGGUGUGUUGCCUUGCUUAGGAAGCCUGCUGGGUUUCUCGCUGGGUGGCUAUUAGGGCUGCAGAUGGAGAGGGCCAGGGCCUGGCGAGGUGGAGCAGUCGGCCCAGGUGUCCCAGCAGUUGUUGCUGGAAUAGGGUCUGGAACCCACAGGAGAGGCCUGAAGGACCCAGGGGCCUCUGACUGGAUGCGUUUGACUCUCAGGACCCAGAAUUACAGACCUAUUUAGGGCUACGCUUGGCCAACUCUUUCUUGAGCUCAUCUGGAGGGUGUGGGAACACGCAUUCUUCAUCCUUAUUCUCCCUGGCUGUGGGCAACAGUGGUCCUCAGAGUCACCAGAUGGUCCUCAUCUGUGCCCGUAACCCCUCAGCAGCCAAGGCUGGCCCUGCCAGAUAAAUGUGUUGUGCCCGUGGUCACACCCAGGGGCUCAUGCCACAUACGUUUCCCUGAAACCAUGGGCUCCAGCCUCCAUCCUGUCCAUGUGGGAGGGAACUUGGGUCCCAGCAGUGUGUCUUGCAGCAAGCACCAAGUCACGUUGAAAAGACCAGAUAGACAAGCAUUUUGCCAAGAUCUUCCAGGGAAGGUGCAUAUGUGACACAUUAACAUUCAAAUCAGGCCGGCACGGCGCUCAUGCCUGUCAUCCUAGCAGUUUGGGAGGCCGAGGCGGGAGGAUCACUUGAGCCCAGGACUUCGAGACCAGCUUGGGCAAUACAGUGAGACCUCAUCUCUACAGAUAAAAUUU